AUGACCCCCGAUGGACCAAACCCGGAGCUCAUGCAAAAGAAGCCCAGGGUCAAGAAAAACAUACCCGCUCUUCCUCUUGUCCUCAUCCACGACGGAGGCGGUACGACAGCGGGGUUCUGGUCCCUCGGGAAACUUCAGCGCGAUGUUUGGGUCAUUCACAACCCCAACUUCUGGAGCGGCGCCUCCUGGAAGGGCGGCAUGGACGAGAUGGCCCUGCACUACCUUGGCUUGAUACGAGCCAGGGGCAUCUCCGGCCGCAUUGUCCUGGGCGGAUGGUCUUUGGGCGGCUUUCUGUCCCUGGCCAUCGCGCGGAUGAUUGCUGCGCUGGGACAACAGGACGAGGGGAGUCUGGAGAUUGCAGGGCUUCUGAUGAUCGACUCGCCGUACUUUGAGCCGUGGUACGAACAGUCACCCCCCGUCUCGCAACCUCUGUUGCCCGAAAUGCUCCCCAAGGUAAAACAGACCUAUGGAAAAUGCGAUGAUCUCCUGCGCUCCUGGUCGUUGCCACCCUGGGGCCGCGACGCGAUGGGAGGCGAGCCCAUCGCACUGCAUGCCGGUGGGAACAAGCACAUCAUUCCCCACCGAGCUGCUCUGCACAAGCCACUCGACGGUGACUGGGUGGUGAAAAAGACAUCCGAAAAACCCGCGGCAGACUGUCCUCGAGCACGCAUUGAUAUGGAGGACGGUAGGGCGGAAUAUGGUGUUGACAAGCUCUCCCCACCCAUUGGUGUCCUCAUACGGUGCGUGGGUCGGACGCCCGCGCUGAAUCAAGGACACCAUCCAUGCCGCGUGGAUUUGUAUCGUGACUCCUUGACCCUGAGCUGGGCGCAGGGCUACGAGGACUAUAUCAAAGUCGUUGUGGACGCUACAAACACCCACUAUACCAUCUUUGACCGCAAUAACCGAUUCCAAAUCAAGCACGUCACUUCGUUACUCAAUGAAGCUCUGGAUAUCUUUGAUCAGCGAGAACUGGGUCAAAUUGAUGUAAACUAG